AGCCAGCGAUGGCUUCGCUCAGGCAGGAGCACCAUUACGGACUCUUCUGUGGAAAAAAUAACAAAAACAGCACCAACAGGACGCUGUACCAUGUCAAGCUCACGGACACGGCUAUCAGAGCACUGGAGGCUUACCAAAAACUCAAGAUCUCUUUGCCAAGUGAGCCAUCAAUUUGUUUCAAAGGAAACCAAGGGUUCAUCAAGAUCCCAGCUCCCACACCAGAGUCCCCUUCUACACUCCGCGUCUUUUCCUUCUACUUAUCCAGCGACAGCAAAGACCAACCUCAAGCCAGCUUCGACUGCAUCCAUCAAUAUGUUUCAAGUGACAGCCGCGAGCAGCUGGAAGGUCAAGGCAUCAUCCAGGACAAGAUCACAGUGUGCGCCACCGACGACUCCUACCAGAUGACCCGUGACAGGAUGUCUCAGGUGGAGAAGGACAGCUGGAGCCGCUCUGCCAUUGAGAUCAAACCCGGAGCCACACAUCCACCUAAAUGUGUCAAGCUCCACAAGAAGCCAGCUCCUCUGUCUGCAUCAGACAGCAGCUUCUACAAGCAGUCCACCAACAACAGGAAGAACGGCGGUAUGGCCACGCCAACCCAGAAGCCCUUGAGGGAGCGCAUCAUCCACCUACUAGCUCUCAAACCCUACAGGAAACCAGAGCUGCUUCUGUGGCUGGAGAGAGAGAGAGCCGGCCCAAAGGACAAGGCCGAGCUGGGUGCUACACUGGAGGAGGUGGCGAAAGUGAAUCCCAAAGACAGCAGCUACCUGCUGAGGGAUGACUUCUACAAGCAUGUGCAGAGGGACUGGCCAGGCUACAGCGAGGAGGAGAGGCAGCAGAUCAACAGGCUGCUGGCCAGGAAGUUGCAGCCACACAUCAGCCACCAAUCAAGGAAUCUUCAAGCAAAUGUGUCAAUGCUGAAGACCUCAGAGGAUACGACACUACAUCUCAGCACAGCUAAAAACCCUGCAGUGAAACGUCCCGUGCCUUUUGACUCACUGGAAAAGCUAGCUCUUAAGAGACAAAGACCUGCGGACCAGAAGUUGCAACAGCAGCCCACAGUAAACGGAGUGUUAAACAACAAAGGACAUGACAUUGCAGCUCCUAUGCUCAGCCCCAGUUUCCAAACAAAGACUGAGUUUCAACGGACAAGUAACCAUACUGGCAACCAAAGCAGCUUACCGGGGGGACACAAUGGCUUUCCUGUAAUGCACAAACUGCCCAGCACCUCUGACACGCCUGUCUCAGAGAGCAGUGAUCAAGAACCCAAAGUAAGCAGCCACCAGCCACCACAGGGUGACUCUGACUGUGCUCACCAGCAGCUCGCCAACAGCCAGCACAGGAAGAAGAAAUCUAAAAAGCACAAAGACAAGGAGCGGGAGAGGUUAAAAGACAACAAGGGCUGUGAAUGGUUGGAGACGAGUCCUGAUCACAAGCAGAACCUGGACAAACUUGACAAUCCUGACAUCACAAAUGCUGUGGCCUCUGAGGAGAAGCCGGAUUAUGUGCCAACAUAUGGUGCCAUCAUGAGCUUGGAGCAGCGUGGGAGGUACCAGGAGGAUUUCUGUGCAGAGUAUGAUGAAUACAAAGACCUCCACUCCCGGAUCGCCACCAUAACUCACCUGUUUGUUCAGCUUGGAUCCAAGAUCAAAAGCUUGUCCCCUGGCACACAAGAAUAUAAGAUAAUGGAAGACCAAAUACUAGAAAAGUACAACAAGUAUCGAAAGAAGUUCCCAGGCUACCGGGAAGACAAGAAACGCUGCGAACAUCUCCAUGAGAAACUGUCCUACAUCAAGCAGUUAAUCAUAGACUAUGAUGUCUCUCAGGCUUCUUCAUAGCAUUGGCUCUCCCCUUUAUCAGAUUUAUUUUAUAUGGAACGCUCUUCUUUGGAACAAAAUUGCCCUCAUGGUUUUUGUGAGGUUGUUAAAACCAGUGUCGGUGUCAACCAUUUUAAUGGAAAUAUGUCAAAUGUGUAGCAAAUAUGAGUUUCACUUAUUUACUUUUGUUUUUGACACGUGUUGUCAAACAUUGCUGUAGGCAGUGUUCUCCUUUCCAUUUUUAUAGAUUCAAAGACAUGCAGUGUCAUUUUUCAUUCCAUAUCAGAGUUGCCUCAUUAAUGAUAUUCGAUUGAAGCAGCCCAGUGCAAAAAAACCCUGAAAUGUUUGAAGUUAUUUUAUUUCAGGUUUAGCCUUCAUGUCUUAUUAUAUAAACGGUGUGAGGUCGUUUUACUUGCCCCUUAAUGUUUCAGGCGUUUAUCGUGAAGCAAGACUAGUUUAAAGCCGUUGCUGCAUUUGCAUCAAGAUAUUGAAACUUGAUUUUUCACAAAAUCUUUUAAAGAACUCAAUUUUGUACAGGAAACAAGUGAACUAUUUUUACUUCUUGGCGGAAAAUAAUAUUUUUAGGGUGUGUGUAUAUAAAGUGAUGUAUUAAAAUGAAGAUCUUUUUGCAGUUCAGCCAUUAAGGGGCUCGUACUUUCCACCUGAAUUCAUCUGAUUAGCUUGCUUCAUGAUAUGGUCCUUACAUUUUCAAAUUCUUAAAAUACUUGCUAACAUUUUGAAAGCGGCUGAUUCCACUGGAAAAAAAGAAGUAAAAUAUACAAAUGUUUUGACUUGUUAAGAUUUAGUUGAGGCUAUCUCCCAAAUGCACUUGUGUUUAAAGUAUUUAUUCACCACACCCCUUUCUUUUGAGUGACUGGUAAAGGGACCAACAUGCUUGGCCUUGAUGGCUGUUGUAAUAAUUUGGUGAAGGAGGAGGAUUUCCUCCCCAAAGCCAUUACUGACAUUGUUUAUCAGGCCCUAAUUCUAGUUUACAGUAUUCUAACCCACUGGAUAGAAGUGUCUUUCUCUCUUUUUUUCUUCCUUAGAACUACUGAUGUAUUUAUUUUUAAGCCACCUGCCUUUAUUCUGAGCUGUUUGUCUCCUCGGCUUGGUGCGUCAGGUCUUGUUAGAUCAAAGUGUUUUGUUUGUUCCAAGCAGCUGGAUUGGAGAUUGUGAGCCGAUCAAAGGUUCACCGAACAUGUUAUGUCACUGUAUGACCUGACACAGUUGUGGAGAGUGAAUGGGAUUGUCAUAAAAAGUUGUGGUACUAUUUCAAUUACUAGCCUGGAGGGUUCAUAUCAUUCAGUUUCCAGUUAAUAGUCAUUGCCCAUUCAGUUUUUUGCACUAAACCCAGUCUGAAAAGGGGGGGGGGACAGCAGACUAGCUACAUUUCCAUGCAGAUUGUAAUUGAUCUUAGUGGUUUUUGUUCAGAAUGUUACCAUGCAGUCAAUGACAUGGAAAGCCUUAAUGUUACACUUUAAUAAGACAAAAUCUUCAAACUGCCAAUAUCAACGAGGAGUCAUUAUCCACACACAUCUGUUGUCUGCCUUAUAUAUUCCUGUUAGCUGUAACAUUUAAACCUGUCCUAACCAUUUCUCUGUUCAAAUGAAUGCCAACAGUGGCUUUCCCACACGUUUGAAUAUUACUUUCUCAAGGAAAUGUUUCAUAAUGUAAUUUUUUAAACACAAUGUCUAAUGCACAGUUUGAUUGGCUGUGACGGCGUUGCUCAUUCAUCAGUUGCAUUUGUAAUCCUUCUGGUACUCUGUUUUUCAUAAUCAUCAUUGAGAUGUAUGGUCAGGUAUUUAUCAUUAGGAAUACCACUUUGGUUUAUACUGCCGCUGAUAUUCAUGUUGACGUUCCGUCUGAUCAGCUCUGAGCACAUGGAGACGUUUGAUUGGAUGAUCGUCUACAGUGAUUCCUGCUAUAUUUCAAGCACACACAAAAACAUGGUGAAAAUACUCAAUCCCAAUCAUGGAGUGGGUGGUAAUUAUUAGAAGGUUUCAGGGCGGGGACAGGUAUAAUGGUGCGGUUGAUUGAAGAGCAUAAUUAUCUGUGGGUUAUGCGAGUAGGAUGAAUGAAUCACUGGUCAUGAAGACAGAAUAUUUCUUCCAAAAUCACUAAAUGCAUUUUAUUUAUCGGUGCAAGUCUUAAUCACAAGCUACAAAAAAAGGUUCAUGAAGUGUUUUGUUUUUUUGGACUGAAUAUUUUACGAAGCACCAGUGCUGCACACAGUAGGUGUUCUUUUUCUUGUUCUACAUACCUGCUGAAGGGAAAGCCUCAUCUUAGUCAGAGGAGUCAGAGAAGAGAGAAUAUGUUUUAUGAACUGCAUUUGACAGAUGUGUAUACCUGCUCUUUUCCUGUUGUUCAAAGGAAUAAAAACAUCAAAGUGAUUUAGUUUUGAGCCUUUCUCUUUGAAUUUUCGAUGCAGGUAAUCUGCAUCAUUCAUUGAUCAUAAAAUUGCUGUUUUCUUUAAUCACAAUAUUAUUCAGCUGUGCAGUUGUCUGCAUAUGUACUGCACUGUGAUGUUUUGCUGCAUUUGCUGGUAUAUUGAUUAAGUGUCUGAAACGACAUAGCUCGUUGAAUGAUGAGACACAAAAGAACAUGCAAUAUUGCAUAAAACCCAACAUUGUAAACAAAAUGGCACAGCUUUCAAAUAGGUUACCAUUUAUAAAGGGUUCAGUAAAAGUUAAUGUAUUAAACCAUACGCAACUUUUGGCUUUCCAGAUUGUGAAAGAAAUGAUCUGACAGCAAGGUCUUUCUAGCUCUUCAAUUAAUCUCUAAUGAUCUAUAAUGGAACACUUAAUCUGGAUUAAAAUCAAUUCAUUACCCAAUUAUAAGCUUUUGUAACUGCAAACGUGAUGGCUUAUUAGAAACCCUGAAAUCCAACAUUUACAAGUUAGUACCCAAUAUUUUAAAGGGCCAGA